AUGGCGAUUCAGUCGCUGUUUGCGGUGAAGGUGUACGUUAACAUCACGAACAUGGAGGAUCAGAAUGACAAGACGCCUGUGGAGAAAGUGUCGGUCGGCGUUGACGAGGUACAUGACGUGAAGGGCGUAAAAGCGGAGCCGACGCCUGCGGCGUCAUCGUUGCCAGCUUCAGAACAAAAAUCGCACUCUACUGGCGAAAACAUCAACGAGGGCGCCUACAUCAACGGAAAAACUUGUGCUAAAACAAUAAUAAACCGAGCAGGGAAAAUUGAGAGUGGUAGUGGUAGUGGAGAUCAGGAAGGAUGUCAUCAUGAAGAUGGGAAAGAUAACACAGCUAAAAAAAGAAAAACUCGCAGAGGUAAACCUAAGCAUAGAAAAUUAAAACCGUAUUCAAAACAGCAGUUAUACUAUCAACAACAGCUACGGUAUAGAUCAAGAGGUCGAUUAGAAAAAGCUGGUAGACAACCUACAGCACCAUAUAACACUACUCAGUUUCUUAUGAAUGAUCAUAGUGAUCUUCCAGACCUUGAUCAAAAGCUUUCAGAAGCUGCUUCGACAGAUACACCUGCUACAUUUCAGAAACCAUCAGCUCCAUCUCGUACUAGAGACUCUAGUUUUAGCGUAGAUUCUGAUGAGGAUUAUUUUUAUUCGUCUCCAGAGGACGAAGAAGAAUUUUUAACGAAGGAAUUCUCAACAGCAUAUGAAGAUCUUCAUGCUGAAAGGUUGAGUACGUUAAGUAAAUCAGAAUUAAUACAAGAAUACCUACAGUUAGAGGCCAAAGUAGAUUUAUUGACGAAACGGUUACGCGGCAAAAAUUUUCAUCAACCUGAAGAGAGAGAUUUAGAAACCCAAAGUAGUAGUACAGAUUCAGAAUCGACAAAGAAAUUAAAAAUCUGUCAACAACGAAUCGAUGAUUUGAUGCAACAGAAUGAACAGCUGAAACGAGAAAAUGAAUCAUUGAGAGCUCAAAGACAUGGUAGUCCAGUUUCAAGUGUUGAUAGCGAAAGCGACAGUGACAGUACAAGUAACGGAAAUAAAAGCAGAUGUGAUUGUCCCCUUUCAAGUUCUAGUUCUUCUUCGGAGCAUGUAAAACCUCGGUUUAUAGUAGAAAAAAACAAUUUGGCAAGUACCUUGUAUGAGAAGUAUAACAUGACAUAUUUGAACGAUCAUAUUUAUGAUAUUUAUGAUGGUUAUGAUUCCUCCCUGUAAAUUAUAAAGAGCUGUUUUUAUAUUAAAAG